CAGAGUGGGAGGGAUUCCGUUCGACUGCUGAGCUCGGAUUGACAGCUACCUCCCGUUGUAGCUGAUAUCGCUGUGGCCGUACUACCGGCUGUUUUGAAUGAUUUAGCGGCGGAGAGGAAAGCCAAACUGGGAUGCGAGUAGUAUAAAACUCGCUUCGUUUAAAAGAAGUAGUGGAGCCAGUCUGCCCGUGGUUUAACAAAAGGUGUGACAGGUGUGACAGGUGAGACACUUUAUUACUGAGGGAGCGAGUGAGAGAGAGUAAGAGACCAUGGACCAUCAGAGACAGAGAACUCUCUCCACAUCAGGAGAAUCACUUUACGCUGUGCUGGGAGUCGACAAGAACGCUACUACAGAGGACAUCAAGAAAUGUUACAGGAAACUGGCAUUGAAGUUUCACCCAGAUAAGAACCCAGACAACCCAGACGCAGCCGAGAAGUUUAAGGAAAUCAACAACGCUCACUCUAUACUGGCUGACACUACCAAGAAGAACAUCUAUGAUAAAUAUGGCUCGCUGGGACUGUACGUCGCAGAACAGUUUGGAGAGGAGAACGUCAACACCUACUUUGUUCUGUCCAGCUGGUGGGCAAAGGCCUUGUUUGUGUUCUGCUGCCUGGCCACAGGUUGUUAUUUCUGCUGUUGCCUGUGUUGCUGCUGUAACUGUUGUUGUGGUAAAUGUAAACCUCGGCCACCCAUGGACCAGGAUCCUGAGUUCUAUGUCUCGCCUGAAGACCUGGAGGCCCAGAUGACCGCUGACGAAAGAGAUGGUGAACCAAUUGUGUUGCAGCCAUCCUCAGCCACAGAAACCACCCAGCUCACUGCUGAUGCCCACCACAGCUACAGGACCGAGGCAUACUAAAGAAGCACACACACCUGACAAUUACACACAAAUUCCACCAUAAUUGACCCAUGUCUAAGUCCCACCCCCCUGUGUUGUUGUCAUUACAUUAGCUGGAAGCAGCUGAGUUUUGGCCUAAAAUGAAAGUUGUAGUGACUAAUGUGUAUAUUGUUUUUACUUCGGCCGCUGGUUCAGUGGAAAAAAAAAAAAAAAACACAAAUUAACUCCUGUGAAUUCUAGGCUUUUAUAGUUUAGGUUUAGUUUAGUUAUGUUGUCUUUGUAUACCGAUCUUUUACUGUUGCACAGUGUGGGUGCUUUUAUAACAUGCUGAUUUAGUUGCAUAGUGUGUUUUACUAAUUUGAAAAUGUUGUUUUUUUUUAAUGUACGUUUAACUGAGCUAGCGAGAAAUACAGUAGCUUGUCCACAUCAGCAGAAGUGGAUGUGUCCAGAUCUCUCGGCACCAUAACCUGGCUGCCCGUGAUCUUGAUCCUGUGCAUAUCAGAGGUUUAAAUGAUGACAUCUGAGCUGAAGCUGGAGUUGGUCAUAUCGUUAUAGGCGAUAAGUUAACAUUAGUUAGCUAGCAUUGUUGUUGUUUGCUGCACGUCGCUUCAGCAUUCCUCCCAGCAUGACUUUAUAAAACGCCAGGAAGCCACAGAAAAGUGCUUUUCUAUGGUGGUCUCCACUCAGAAUGUAGCGUGAAUCUGAUACUUGCUCUGAUUGGCCCGUGUGUUCAAGGGUGGGGCUUAGCCGUUGGUCAAUUACUGGACAGAUUUAAACUGCACACAUCUGCAGUAAUUAUCUAAUACCACACAUACACCAGCAAACAGUACUCGCCAUCACUUUAUCGGUUAGCCUGAGCACCACAGCUUCACCCAAAACUUUCCCCUCUUGAGUUUUGAAUCUGAGGUGAAAAGAGAAGAGAUGGGGAGAAAAAAAGUGGAUGAGGAGAGCAGUUUAGUGGAACAGCCAAUAUGAGCGCCCCCCCCUCUUUCUGACCUGCCCUUUGAUUGGUUAAAGUCUCCCGUCACAGACCAGGUUUUCCCAAGGCUGUAAACAGACUCUUUAAGGUCUCAGAUCAGUUGAUUUACAUUAUGUCCAAAGGUUAUUAGAGAAUUAUUGAUUAGUAACACCAAAAAUAUAAUUCAUACUUGUACUGGUAUUGACAGAAGGCAAAUAAAUAGAGCUCAGCUUGUAUGUAGUUUAUGGCUGCAACUAACAAUUAUUUUCAUUAUAGAUGAAUCUGGCUCCAUAAAAUGUUACAAAUCAUCCAAGUCAGAUGUUGGCAACAAACUAAAUAGAGCCUGGGUGUACUUGGAGGUGUUUAUUUGUGCCCUCAUUAUUACCACUCCUCCCUGUGUGCCGAAGGCAUCUCUCACUUCGACAGGUGCCGCACUGGCAUUGAUGCCAUUCCCCCACUUCUCCUAAAUCAAACAAAACGACAGAGAGUGUCUGCUCACUUGACUUCGGUUCAGCAAGGUCAGCGCGUCUCAGUUCUGACGUAACUUCUGCGGGGAAAGGAUGACCUUUACCAACUGUCAAGUUCUCACAAAGCACCAGGGCAGAGAUUUCUAAAAAUAAUAAAGUAAUUAAGUCUGAUGAACGUGGCAUUUAGCCAGCUGCAGCAUCUCUCUCCGUCACCCAGUGCAGUUAUUCUGCGUGAUUAACCAAAAAUGGUUUCAGCUGCAAAACACAUCAGUCUUCAGACUCGACUGUCUUCCUCAUGGAAACACUGCAAACUAAACUGUGCAGCUGUCUUUUACACGUGUGACAUAUGACGGAGCAGACAUAUGAAAAGCAACACCAGCUGCUCGAGUGUUGACUGUGACAGGCGUGUUUCCCUUCUCCAUCACAGGACAUCCAAGCUGUUCGUGAUCAGUUACUCUAAUUGUUAUUUUUGGUUAUUAGUGAUUAGUGAUACAGCGAUCAUCCUCAUCACUCUGCCCUCCUCCUCCUUCUCCUUCUCCUCCUCCUCUUCUUGUUUUUCACCUCUUUCUUCCCACACUGAAAGCUGUGUGUGUGCUGUGGGAGAAAAAUGUGUCGUGUUGUAUGAAUGUAUAGAUUCCACUGUAUUUUUUUUGAGUGGGUUGAACACUUUUUUUCCCCCCCCCUCGGUCUGUGUAGAUUUGCUUUUCAUCACUUUCUGUUGUCCUUAUUUAUGUUGUUAAUGAAGGGAGGAUUUCAGUAUCCAAAGUCUUAAUCGUUUAUGUGGCAACAGUUUGUUUUUUUGUAGAUACUAAAAACCAUAGCACCUGGAAAAUGUAUAACAAUCAAAACAAAUGCAUUAAAGCUACAGCUCUCCAGCUCUGCUAAAUAGAAAUACGGAAAUGUUGUUGUUGAUUGUGUAAUCCGUCUUUUAAGAAAAACAAAAACAUAAAUGUACCCAAAAACAGGCUUUUUUCUGGCUGUAUUUUUCUUUGAUUACUCACUCAAAAACACACUCAUGUAUUUAUACAUAUCAUGGGAAAGUGCAGUAAGAGCUGAAUAAGUCCCAUCGAUGACUGCUCGUCUUUUAAUUAAGAAGACUGAUAUUUUGCAUUUUACAUUUCUCAUUUAUGUCACAAAUUCUCUGUUAGAUUGAACAGAUGUGUCAGAUUGAAUAUUGCCAGUUACUCCUUGUUUUGCUUUGUAAUCAUAUCUUAUUGUGUUUGUUUAUAUUUCCACUAACCUUAAUUUCAAGAGCUAUUUAAACAGUUUUUUUGUGAAACCAACUAUCUUCACUUGAUAGGUUUUUCUGCACUGCGUCAUAUUAUGGCCGUUGAAAUGCCACAGUGUUAAACCCCUAACCCUCAAGUUAUUUCUCUAUAACUUGUCGUCUACAUCGACCAAACGCAGAACAGUCAAAGUCAAAUACAGGAAACAGAUCUUCUGUUACAGCUGUAGCAUUGACGUAAACAGUCUGCUGUGUGAAUAUAGCAACCGUGUGGUAAUAUUCAAGCUUCAUUUUAUUUAUCUUACUUUUCUUUUGAUUAAUUACGUAGCUGUUAUGUCAAGGAGAUGUAUAGAAUUUUUUGGAUGUGAAUCAUUUUGAAACUGAAAUGAUAAAUGGCAGACCUGCUGUAUAUAUAUAUACACACACACACACACACCGUGGCACAGUACAUAGAGAUGUAGAGUUUUUUUUCUGUUUGUAGCAUGGACUAAUACUGUUUGUCUGUCAGGCAGACAUAUGGGUAAAUUAAGUAUCUGAUGUACUGUUGUAAAAUAAAUGUUUCUGAUGCUUCA